GAUUUGAGAGGUAAUCCUAUAUGAAUAUUUGUUGAGUAAGAAAGUUCCCAUCUUUGGCUCUGUCUUUGCUUCGUCUCCAAGAGCAACCCAAGCUUUGUGUUCUUGCCCCACUUUUACCUUCUCAUCUCAUUCUGCAAGUCUGAACCAGGUCUUCUUUCUCACUCUCUCUUUGUAAUUCGGUUAUUGAGCUGUUUUGUUUAAUGAUCUUAUAGAGGGUGAUAUAUCAAAGCUGUCUUUGUUGAGAUGAUUCUUUCAGCUCUUUUAACUUCUGUUGGAAUCAAUCUUGGUCUUUGCUUCUUGUUUUUCACUCUAUACUCGAUAUUGAGGAACCAGCCGGGUAACAUCACAGUAUAUUCGCCUCGUUUAUUUGGUGAAAGAAAAACUGAGCAGGAGGACGAGUUCAACUUGGAAAGAUUGCUGCCAUCGCCUGGUUGGUUGAAAAGGGCGUGGCAACCAUCUGAAGAUGAACUAUUGUCAAUUACAGGCCUGGAUGCUGUCGUGCUUAUGCGGAUAUUUGUUUUCUGUGUGAAAGUGUUUAUCAUUGCCUGUGUCAUUGGAAUCUUUAUUCUUCUGCCAGUUAACUUUGGGGGGAGUCAGUUAACAUACGAUUUUUCUAAUUUGCCGAACAAAACUCUGGAGUCCUUCAGUAUUUCAAAUGUGAAUGAUGGUUCAAACAGGUUAUGGAUUCACUUUUGCGCUGCCUAUGUUUUCACCGUAGUUGUCUGCUGUCUUCUGUAUUACGAGUAUAACUAUAUUUCAUCGAAAAGAAUUGCCUAUUUUUAUUCUUCCAAACCUCAGUCACAUCAGUUCACAAUAUUAGUUCGCGGUAUACCUGCUCCAUCCGGUAGCAGCUUCAGUGAAGUUGUUGACAACUUUUUCAUGGAGUAUCAUCCUUCAACUUAUCUUUCACAUACAAUAGUUCGCCGAACAAGCAAGAUUCAAAGUCUUAUGAAUGACGCAGAAAAGCUAUAUAAAACACUUGGUCGCUUAAAAUCGAAAAGCACUCAGCAAAGGCAAAAGCGUGAAGGAUUUUUGGGACUCUUUGGUCGAAAAGUUGAUAUUGUUGAUCACUAUGAGAAGAAGUUGGAAGAUAUAGAAGAUAAUGUGAGACUCAAGCAAUCAUCAUUGGCAGGAGAGGAAGUUCCCGCUGCUUUCGUGUCAUUUAAGUCGAGGUUUGGUGCUGCAAUAGCUUUGCACAUCCAACAAGGGAUUAAUCCCACGGAGUGGGUUACUGAACAAGCUCCCGAGCCUAAAGACGUUUACUGGCCUUUCUUUUCUGCAUCAUUUAUGAAAAGAUGGAUCUUCAAGAUUGUGGUCGUUGUUGCAUUUAUUGCUGUUACGAUUCUAUUUCUUAUUCCGGUUGUAGUCGUGCAAGGUCUCACUCAUCUCGAUCAGCUGGAGACCUGGCUCCCCUUUCUAAAAGGUGUACUGAGCUUGAGUUUUGUCAGUAAUUUGAUUACAGGAUAUCUACCAAGUCUCAUUCUUCAAUCGUUCCUAUCCAUUGUGCCACCGAUUAUGAUACUUUUUUCUUCCAUGCAAGGAUAUAUUUCCAACAGUCAGAUCGAGAAAAGUGCAUGCAUCAAAUUGUUAUGGUUCACUGUGUGGAACAUUUUCUUUGCAAAUGUAUUAUCAGGAUCCGCUCUCUCUAUGGUUGAUAUCUUCCUCGAGCCAAAGAAAAUUCCAGGCCUGCUAGGUGAACUUGUGCCUGCACAGGCAUCAUUCUUCAUUGCCUAUGUUGUGACGUCCGGAUGGACCAGCGUAUCUUCAGAACUUCUUCGUCUGUUUCCUCUUCUUUACAGUUUUGUGCAAAGACUAUUUGCAGGGAAAGAAGAGGAUGACGAUGAUUUUGAAGUUCCUUCAAUCCCUUACCACAGUGAAAUUCCCAGGAUUCUCUUCUUCCAACUUCUUGGUGUUACUUAUUUCUUCCUCGCUCCACUAAUUCUGCCCUUUCUCUUUGUUUAUUAUUGCCUCGGAUACAUUAUCUACCGCAACCAGUUCUUGAAUGUAUAUGCACCCAAAUUCGAGUCAGGAGGAAAGUUUUGGCCGAUUGUGCAUGAUUCAACAAUAUUUUCCUUAGUGCUAAUGCAUGUUAUUGCGAUCGGAAUAUUCGGUCUUAAGAAGCUUCCUCUAGCAUCCAGUUUAACUAUCCCUCUUCCGGUUCUCACACUUAUAUUCAACGCAUACUGCCGGAAGAGGUUCCUGCCCACAUUCAAGGCUUACCCUACUGAGUGUUUGAUAAAGAAAGAUAGAAAAGACCUGGAAGAUCCAACCAUGACCGAAUUUCUCGAAAAAUUAGCGACUGCAUAUCAGGAUCCAGCUACGAUGCCAGUCCGAUAUUCCAGAAGCGACGAUGGGCGCAGCUCUCCCCUUUUGCAAUGUUGAAGUAUAAAUUCGGUAGUAUAUUUUCUCUUUUGUGGUGAUUCAAUAUUGAACUGCCUGAACUUCAACAGUAUGCGAACACGUUAAGUUUGUUAUGCUUAUGAAACUACAUUUCUUGAUU